UUCCUCUACUACCCCCGGCAGGGCAGGCACACCGCAUCCUUGCCUGUCUACAGCGAGAGCCCGCGCACCCCCCCCAACCCAACCCAAGCCAACCACAAGGAACAAGUCGGAGUUCAACCUUGGCUUGAAUCCCCUCCUCCGCUCGCCCUCCUGCUUGAUCCGCCGCCGCCGCCGCCCACUCCUCCCUCUCCCUCUAGGGUUCCCUCGAAUCGCGCAAUCGGAGACCCACGGCCCGCCCUCCAAUGACGACCAUGAGUGACGAUGGCGACCGCACCUGCCCGCUCUGUGCUGAGGAGAUGGACAUCACUGACCAGCAGCUCAAGCCAUGCAAAUGCGGCUACGAUAUUUGUGUUUGGUGCUGGCACCACAUCAUAGACAUGGCUGAGAAGGAGGAAACAGAGGGCCGCUGCCCUGCAUGCCGCACACGCUAUGACAAGGAUAGGAUUGUCAAGAUGGCUGCCACUUGUGACAGCAGGACAGUGGCAGAGAAAAAUGUAGAGAAGAAGCACAAGACCCAAAAGGUUAAGCCAAAGGCAGCACCACCACCAACAACAAUGUCAACCGUAGAAUCUAAGAAGCAUCUGGCUAGUGUCAGGGUUAUCCAGAGAAAUCUGGUGUACAUAAUUGGGCUCCCUGCGCAUUUAUGCAACGAGAGCGUACUUGAGCGCAGGGAAUACUUUGGUCAAUAUGGGAAAGUUUUGAAGGUUUCAGUUUCCCGUCCAACUGGGCCUCCCUCGCAGGCAUCAGCAAACAGCAAUAUUAGUGUGUAUAUUACUUAUGCAAAAGAAGAAGAGGCCAUCCGGUGUAUUCAAGCUGUGCACAAUUUUGUCUUGGAAGGGAAAGUGUUAAGGGCAUGCUUUGGUACUACGAAGUAUUGCCAUGCAUGGCUGCGAAACAUGACAUGUGGGAAUCCAGAUUGUCUCUAUUUGCAUGAUGUAGGCAGUCAGGAGGAUAGUUUUACAAAAGAUGAGAUCAUCUCAGCAUAUACGAGGACUAGAGUCCCCCAGAUGGCAUCUAGUGUUUCACAAAGACGCACAGGCACUGUGUUGCCUCCUCCAGGAGAUGAUUUCUCUUACAGUGCGGUGGUUUCAGCCAAGCAUACAUUCAAGAAUGGAACACUCAAUACCACCAACCAGCCCAGACUUUCACCUCCAAACAGUAGUUCUGGGAGGUCCACACUUCCACCAGCUGCCUCAUGGGGGCAGCGUGAUUUGACUGCCAGGACAACAGCUACUGGGGCGACAUCAUCACAAUCUCAUACAAAACCUAAAUCAGAAUCACAGAGUAAUCCAUUUUCAAGUUCUUCAGUAAUUUCCAGUACAAAAACACCCUCUUCGUGGAAUGAUGAUACAAGUACAGCAACAAAAAUGUCUGAAGGACAGCAAGUGUCAGAAAAAGAGUCUAAAACCUUGCAGCCGUAUAAGCCUGGUAUUUCAAAGGAAACACAAGCUCUAUCAUCACUUGAGUCAUCACUGGACAUAGAUUUCUCGACAAUACCUUCAGCUUGGAAUGACGAUGACAUUGUAGUAUCAGAUGGGAUGUCAAAAGGAAGCGAUGAAAAUCAAGUUGCAAAUGAAAAUGGCAAGCUAACCCAUCCAGCAUCUAAGUCACUGGUUUUAUCUAAGAAAGACAUAACGAUGAACAACAUUACCAGCAAAAGUCCUUCAGAUGUAUCAAGUCUAGCAAUAUCUAAAUCAGAUGUAAGUACGAGUGAUGGUGACCACUCACUUACAAAUAUUACUCCUAAAAGCCUUACUUCAAAUGCCACAGACUGCCAAUCUAGUCAUGCUGCUGGGGAGAAAAUAUUGGAGGACAUUGCAUCCAGGAACACUGAAAUGGAGAAGCUAUCUGCUCAGAUACGUUCAGUAAAAUUAGGUGGCAACAAUGAUAUUCAGAGUAUGGCAGGAAAUCAGCAAUCAGAUUCAGAUGUAAUGUCAUGCACACCUGUUGAUGUGCCCAUGGAUCAGAAUUUUGACAAAGACCAAUCUCAUCUCAAUCUUAAUGAGCUCUUCUUACCUUCAGAAAAUAAGGAUACUAUUCUUUCUUGUCAAUAUAGUUCUGAUAAGCGUCUUUCGAGUUCAGAGCCGCAAAAUUGUAGUGUGGCUUCUUUAAAUGAUACAGUAGAUUCUACAAUGCUCACUGACAAACUUCAGAGUAUACUACUGGAUGGUUCAAAGCAACCAUCAUAUUCGUCAUUUGCCCAAUUUCCUAGUACGUUGGAUAGUUCAUUGUGGAAUGAUACAGAAAGUAACCCUGCAUUGACGAUUGGCACUAGAGCUUCCCUGACAGGGUUUUCUUCAAUAAAUAACACUUAUGUCUUGCCAAAUGGAGGACAAGAUGGGCUAGGGACUGUAUAUACACAUGGUAAUGUUUCCGGAUAUCCUGGAAUAGGAAGUCAUCAGCAUACAGCAAUGGGUUCAGAUAGUAUAGGAGGUUUUGACAAGACCAUAAGUGUAAAUAAGGAUGAGAGCAGAAUAAUUUCUGAUAUGUUGUCGUCAGAGUUUAAUCCAUGGGAUGAUUCAUAUUCGACUGCUAACAAUUUUGUUAGGAUGCUUAGGGAAUCCGAAAAUAAUGAUGUUCAUUUCACUGCACCUUCGUGGAAAUCAGUAACUGGGAGCAAAGAGUCCAGAUUUUCAUUUGCUAGACAGGAUAACCAAGGAAACUUGUUAGAUUCAUCUCUCAGAAACUGUGGUACUGGUACUGAGCAGAAUUUCAGUUUGCUGCCCCAGAAUUCUCGAGGAAAUAUUUACCAGAAUGGCCUUGCAUUCCAAUCUCUAGAAAAUGAUUUUUCCAAUAGCUACUCUCUUGGUGUAUUAGAUAUGGCAACUGCUGGUACAUCGAGGUCUAAAAUAUCUGCACCCCCAGGAUUUUCAGCACCAGCAAGAGCCCCCCCUCCUGGAUUUUCUUCUGCAUUUCCAUCGCAGGAUAGUUUGAACCCCACUCCUGGGUUUCCUUCUGGAAUUUCGUCUCAUGAUGGGUCUAUCCCCCUUCCUAGAUUUUCUGCAUUCUCUUCUGGAAUUUCAGCUCAGGAAGUGUCUAAGCCCCCUACUAGACUGCCUUCUCCAUUUUCUUCUGGUUUUUCAUCUCAGGAUGGACCUAACACCUCUUCUAGGUUCCCUUCUGCAUUUUCUUCUGGACUUCCAUCACAUGAUGGCCCUAAUCCCCCUUCUAGAUUUCCUUCUGCAUUUUCUUCUGGAUUUUCAUCACAGGAUGGGUCUAAUCAGUCAUAUGGCUCAACAUACCAAGACAAUCUUCUCCAGGAUACUGUUUUGGGUGGCAACAGUAAUCAUUACCAAUCUCAGUUUGGAAGGCACGCAAGUGAUAUGGAGUUUGAUGAUCCUGCUAUAUUGGCUGUGGGCAAAGGGCUGAUGCCUGGAAUUGGCGAUUCAGGGCUGGAGAUGAAAAAUUCUCCUGCUUUUCAAGCACAGUUGCAACCAGAAAGAAGCGAUCCAAGGUUUCAGUUACAUGUACAGCCAAAUGUGCAGUCUCAUCAAAACCUGAGAUUCACAGACCCUAUGCAGGAUGGCUUGAACCAUAUGAAUGAUAAUUAUCUGGCAUCCAGAUUUUUAGCUCAGAACCAUGAUCCUAUAUCCCCUUAUGCGCAGAUUCCGCAACAACCCAGAAACUCGCAGCUUACAAAUGGUCACUGGGAUGGGUGGAGUGAUUCGAGACAAGGGAAUAACACCGCUAUGUCUGGCAUGUCGAGGAUGCUAUAUCCAAGUGAAGUGAACAAGUUGCACAUGCUGGGUUCAAAUGAUAUCUAUAACAGAGCCUUUGGAAUGUGAUUCUCCUGGAAUACUGUGUCUUUGAGCUGACAUGUUCUAACUUGGGGCAUUUGUCAAUUUGUUGAAGUAACUGGUUGCACAACACAUACCUGAGCUGUGGAUAGUGGUGUUGUGCUUAUGAGCUGGUACACGAGUAUUUGUUGCUAUUGGAAUUGACCAAAAUGAACCUGAGUUUUGGUCCAGCCAUUUGAAAUUACCAGGUUCAUUCUCUUCUAUGAUUUGUAAAGCUUGAGUGAAAAGAAAGAUUAUGUGCCAGAAGAACAAAGCAGCUGAAGUUGAAAUAGAUAGAGUCAUAGAGAUAUGUCUAUAAUGUGGUGUGGUGUGACUCGUGAGUCAAACAGAUGAAGCUUAUAGGUGGCUUGGCUUGAUGGCAGAUUGUUUUCUUUUGUUCUGUACAUGAUGAUAUUGGUCGGUGUUGUAGUAACUUGGUGAUCGGUGGCUGUCUUAACUUGUAGUGGUUGCUCUUGCUCCCGCCUGUUUGCAGCUCUUCUUUGUGGCUGCCUGGCGAGUACAUGCGUAUUGCAUAGGGAAUUGAGUUUAUGUUAAUUAAUAAGGGAGUUGAGGUGAAGGUUUAUAGGAAAGUCAUAAUCUCUCAGUGUUACCCAUGGUAUAAUAAUAAUGACAUACGAUACUGCA